CUCAAACUGUUACAUAUUAGCAAAAGCUCCUUCUCAUCCUGUGCACCUAUCGAUUUCACGGCGUGGCCAACACUCAUACUGAAACUAUACUCCAUCUUCACCUUCCGAAUCAUCAUGACAACCAUCUCACAUGCAUGUCCUUCGUUGACGAACAACGACGCUGCAGUCCUUCAAGCCCUCUUCGAUGCCGAAUCCUCACCCUCAUCAGGGGUUACAGUCGAUUCAUCCCUCCCACCCUGGCCAACAACCGUGAACGUCUCCCAACAAGACCUCGACAACCUCAAAGCCCAAGAAGCACAAAUCAUUCUCAAGCUCCAAACCCAUGAAACACCAAGCCAAAAAACAGUACAAUCAGCACUCGAAGAGCUAAACGCUCUUUUGGAACAACACCCAACCUACCCUCCCGCAUACACCAACCGCGCCCAAACCCUCCGUCUCCUCGCAGACCUCGAAUACAAGCAGCGCCACGCUGAAGCUGAACCACAAAGCGCCGAAUCCAACACGGACGAAGCCCUCUUCCACCCCGAAGCCGCAGAUCUAUCUGCAAGAAUCUUCGCCGAUCUAGGCAAAGCAAUCACACUCGCCACGCCAGCUUCCCCCGCAGACCCGAUUUCAUCGCUGCAGGCGCGAUUGUUGGCCGAUGCGCACACGCAUCGCGGGUAUUUGUUAUUGAAGGCUGCGCGCGUGAAAAAGACUCGGUCCGAUGGGGAGGUGCAAAAUGUAAUGCCGGAGCGGUUACGUGGCUAUAGUGCGGAUCAAUUGGAGGAGAUGGCGAGUCGGGAUUUCUUUUUUGGGGGUCGGUAUGGGAAUAAAGUUGCCCAGCAGUUGGCUGUGCAGACGAACCCUUAUGCGAAAAUGUGUGGGGCUAUUGUGAAGGAGGCGAUGAGGAAGGAGAUGGAGGGUUGAGUUAGAUGUACUUUGAUAUAUAUUUGCAUAAUACUACUGGUCACUUUGAUGUCAUGUUAUGAAACAUAUUGGAAUUUUGAACACUGUGUGAGUUAUACAAGAAGAUCGACCAUUUUACGAUGCAAUAAACUCCAUUCUUUCAUCGAUUGAG